AGUCGUAUCAGGAGAAUGUGGAAUGACACCGUAAGAAAGCAAUCUGAAUCCUCCUUUAUCUCAGGUGACAUCAACAGCACCUCCACCCUUAACCAAGGAAUGACCGGGAACUAUCUACUAACAAAUCCUCUCCUUCGACCACAAGGCACUAACAACCCUUAUAACACCUUACUGGCUGAGACAGUCGUAUGUAACACCCCCACGGCUCCAGUGUUUAACUCGCCAGUGACCUACAGAGAGACAAGGCACUCACUGAACAACGUGGUGAGGGAUACAAGUGCAAUGGAUACACUACCGCUAAAUGGUAACUUUAACAAUAGCUACUCUCUUCGCAACGGGGACUUUGGCGACAGUGUUCAGGUGGUAGACUGCGGCCUCAGUCUGGACGAUGCUGCCUUUGAGAAAAUGAUAAUCUCUGAGUUAGUACACAACAACCUGCGUGCCUGUAACAAAAGCCACCAACAGCAACAGCAGCAGCACCCCAGUUUACAUCAUCCACCCCACCACCAGCAGCACCCGCAGUACCACCAUCACCACCAUACGGAGCGGGCUCCGCCAAAGGUGACGGUGGUGGGAGGCAGCAGCGAAGACGACGCUAUUGUCGCAGACGCUUCGUCUUUGGUGCAUGUGGGUGACACGGUGGGCCUCGAGCUGCAUCAUCAGCGAGAGCUGGAGGCCCCGCUCAUCCCCCAGCGGACUCACUCACUUCUGUACGCUCCCCAGAAGAAGGUGAGAACCGAUGGGGGAGUCGAAACCUUUGUCAGCCAGCUGACGCCCACCAACCCCGACGACAGUCCGCAGUCCCCAAACAGAGACUCUUUGUACACUAGUAUGCCUAAUCUGAGGGACUCUCCGUUACCCGAGAGCAGCCCUGAUGUGGUGGAGGACCUGUCCCCCUCCAAAAGGAGCGAGAACGAGGACGUUUACUACAAGAGCAUGCCUAACUUAGGAGCAGGCCAUCAGCUACAGGCCUAUUACCAGAUAGGCCGAGGGAGCAGUGAUGGUUACAUUAUUCCUAUCACUACAGAGGGCUGUAUCCCCGAGGGUGAUGUACGGGAAGGACAGAUGCAGCUAGUGACAAGCCUUUAAAUGUAUUUAAAUAAUCCCCAAUCCUGCCCUUUUGCAGCCCUGACCUUUUGAAGGACACACUAGUACAGGGAGGGAAAGUGUUUGUUUUAUUUUUUAAGAGAUCCUAGAACCCCCGUCUAACACACUUGUCAUUUACAAACCCUCAGCUGCACCUCCAUCUCCUUUUCCCCGAAACAAUGCCACUCUUCUUUACUUCCUUGCAGACUUGGUGCACAGUGACGGCAGUGCAAAGAUUCAAUGAGACUGUACAUAAAAUGCAGAGUUGAAUUCAAUUUUAAGAGACAAGCCAACUAUGUAUUAAAUGUGCUGCUGCUGUUGAAUUAUUGAGAAAAAUUUAAGGUACAAAAAUAAAAAAAAUACAAAAUAAAAAAAAAUCAUUACUGGCUACAUCAGAUCAGCAAUCUCCCAGUGAAAAGGUUGUACAUACACUCCCCAACAUCCUCUUCAAAGCCUGUUGUUUUUUUUAAAAUUGUGAACAAAUCAAACCCCCCUGGGCCAGGACGUGGACUCUGUAACAUGUUCCUAUCAGACUGUUAGAAAAGGAAUAGGAGAUCCUGUUUGCCCAGCGUCGCCCUCCAUCACCAUGAAGUUCGGAUUGUAUAACCACUAGCAAUCAAGCCCCUGGCCUUAUAUUUUCUCAACUGUACAUUGAACUGUUGUCAAGGAAAAUGGCUAAAAUAUAUAUUUUGUUGUAUUGCUAGUGUAAAAUAAAAAAUCAUGGGAAAUCGUAAAUAUGAAGAAACCUUUUAAUUAAAAAGUGUAAUGUUGGAGAGACUAUUGUGUAGAAGUUGCACAUAUGUUAUACAGUGUGUUUAUGGUUCCAACACGUCAUCAUGGUAGUAUGUUUGAGCUUAUGGAAGAUUCAACUGAUUACAAAGAUGCAUUAUCACUUUUUUCCACUUGUGAGCAGUGUUUUUUUUUUUUUUUGCUUAAUGAGUUUCAUUGAUAUCGCCCGUUAAAUUAUGUCUAUUUGAUUUUGCCAAAGUAUCAGAACUUUAAAAGAAUGGGAAUGCAAAUCCCCAGUUAAAGUGAUUUAUGCAUUGCACAGUUUUUUUGUGUAACUCUGAAUGAAAUAGAUCUUUUAACAGUCAUAGCAGAGGGAUGGGCGAACAUACAUGAAACCGACUUUUGACAAUAAAGUUUCUAUCAUAAUGUAGUUCUUCCGCCUGGGUUUUGACAUUUUAUUUAUUGAAAUCUUUCCAAAAAAAUGAAUGGGAAAUGUGUGAAUAUUUUCCAGCACUGGUAUACAUGCUGUACUGUAGCUCAUGUUUUCUAUGUAAACAUGUUACCAAUGGGCUCAUCACUUAAGACUGAUGUAAAGUUCAACACUUGUUUAACAAAUAAAAUAAAUGUGAGAGUUUUUGUCAAUUGCCAGUUGCUUUUCAAUGCUUUGUGUUUUUGGUACAACAAAUGCUUUUGCUAUGGACAGAAGACACUUUUGACUCAGGUUAUUAGCAAGUCCCGAGCACCUUAAGAGGUCAAUUGAUUGAUUUUCUUUUUGUUCUGUUUUUUUUUUCUUUUCUUUCUUCAAUCACUGCAGAGUAGAGAGAGCUCAUUUCACCGUGUGUGUUAGAGAAGCCAAACCUUUCCAUGUGAUUCAAAGAUGAGAAACUCAGGUAGGAAAAAUUACUCUGUAAAUGUUCCUCUGUGUGGCUGUAACACUAAUAAAGGUUCGAAAAUGA